GACUGCGAGCCAGAACGCUAUUUUUCUAGCUCUGCAAUUUUCGAAUGCAGCAAGCUGCCAGGAGCGUGCUGGUGUCAAGUUUCAAGGUGGGAAACGUUGUUUGGCUACUUUAGAAAGCACUUCCGCCCGAGCAACGCCGACGCCGCGUUCAUACGCUGGGCACGCCUGGAGGCAAGCCUAGGCGAGCUACCGCCCGCCAGGCCUAACAAUACCCAAGCCCUAAGAAUCACUUUUCGCCAAGCAUGGAGGUCCAGGUCAACGGAGAGGAGAUGUCUCCUGAGGAAUUCGGUGAAGAUGCCGGUUGGUGCAUGAUCGGCUCCAAAAGCCGGUCCGGCCCCAGCGCAUCGCGGGAUAGACCUAAGAACGAAGCCUACUCCCGCACCGGCGAGGGAGACGGUCGACAACCACCACGACGCUCACGGAACGUAAAACAACAAAUACUCAAGGCCAGCAGAAUGCCGGCUCUACCGAGGAACGACAUCAAGAUCGUCGUUAGACCCAAGGGCGGCCUCAACACCGCAACGAUUGGCGCAGUCAGGAUUGCGUCAGCUAUAUACCGGGCUGCAGGAGUGUCCGAUCAAGACGCCAGCGAAGACACCGUCUGCCCCAACACCCAGCAAAAUAUCGUCGUUAUCAGCACACCCAGCAGCACCAACGCAGAAAAAUACAGGAAGCUCGAGGUCAUCAGGAUCGGCGACCGCCAAUACGAAGUCAACGCCUAUGAAACGGCGCCCGAUCAUACGGCCAAGGGGGUCAUCCGAGGCAUACCACUCGAAGAAGACUCCAGGACAAUUAACUCCAAGAUCGUGAACGACAGGAACCCGACAGCCCUGGCAGCCAAGCGUCUUAGCAACACGACCACAGUCAUCAUCGCCUUCGAAGGCCUAAAAGUGCCCACUCUCGUCAGGUAUGGAGGCACUCUGCUUCGCUGUUCGCUGUACAGGAAGCAGGUCGACAUCUGUCACCAAUGCGGUAGACUGGGGCACCGUAUGGACGUCUGCCCAAAUCCCCAGGACAAGAUCUGCAGGGGCUGCGGUGCCAAGAACCCAGACCCCAAUCACCAGUGCACGCCAAACUGCCGCUUAUGCGGAGGGAAACACCCUACGGCAGACAAAUCCUGCCGAGCAAAAUUCAAGACCCCGUAUAUAGUUAAGAAACGAAGAUGGGAAAGGAAAAGAGCCGAAGCGGAAGCAGAACUCGAGGCGGUCAAGGAAUCCGGAGAAGAUCAAGCCCCCGCCCUGCAAAAGCCAAGAUCCAGAUCCAGAGGCCGGGCCAGGUCCAGAUCGACGUCGGCUACCGGGACCCCUCGUUCCCGCCAGCACAGCCAGUCGAGAAGCAGAGCUCGCAGUCGCACCCCAGGACCGGGCCGAGCCAGGUCCAGAUCCAUCCAGGCCCUCCCAGAAAAGGUUCACGGGAGAUCCAUCGCUGGUGACCGUCAAGCAACUAUAGCAAUGAAACGCUUGCCACAAAGGCGUCUCUCUGCCGGUCCGCUAGACUUCGAAACGGAAAAUUUGGCUAGCCGCUGUACCCAAAAUAAAGAUAGUUCCUAG